AUGACGCGCGGCCGCAAGCGUGCGCCCGGAGGGCGAGGACGCCAGCCAAGUAGCUACCAGAGAGAGGUCGACUCGUACGCAAAGCGGUUAGAGGUGAUCACCUUUCACGACACGAACGGAAUGCCCGCCACGUUAGACAAGUUUUACGACCAUCAAUCAGCAAAAAAGCAAGAAAACAAACGCAAAAGAAUUUACGAGUGGAUUAAAGAUCGAUCUCGUAUUGAAUCUGUCUGCACAUCCUCGACCAAGGCCAGUAUGAAGGUUCUUCGAGGUGCAGGCACUGCAACUACAAUCUCUGCUGCAGGUGAAGAAGCUAUUACCGAGUGGAUUAAGUCACUGCGUGAGGAAGGCGUCCCUGUAUCCAGGCUAAUGCUGGAGCUUAAAGCCAAGACCAUAGCCGAAGACGAAAAGGUCCCGGAUGGUAUAUUCGAAGCUAGUUGGACAUGGCAGCAAGGGUUUCUCCGUCGUCAUAAGCUAAGUCUACGCGCUAAAACUCGACAAGGCCUAAAGAAGCCGGAGGCCAUGGAGGCUGAUGCAAAGGCAUAUUGGGAGGAAGUUGCAAAAACCAAGAUUGAACUAGGUGUGGACAAAAUAUUUAACGCCGACCAAAGCGAGAACUAUUAA